AUGGACCUAACAGCGAUACUUUUAGCGCUACACCUUCUAUCCGUGUUGCCAUUCGGAUUGCUCUGGUCCCCCGGGGGUUAUGCGACACACAUCUUCAACAAAAACGCCAGCAAGCCGAUCCUUUCGUUCAAAGUUGAUUCUACCGCUACAACAACUACCUCUGCUUCUUCAACAAGUACCACAUUGACGUCAAGCUCCAACACUUCAAGUACUGCUCAAACACCAACAACGGCUACCGCGACUGUGUCCCCCUCCUCGUCGUCUUCUUCUUCGGCUGGCACAGCAUUAUCUGGUGGAGCAAUUGCGGGAAUCGUGAUUGGGGUUAUCGCCGGUGUUGCCAUAAUUGGAGGACUUUUAUUCUUGCUGGGCCGACAAAAGCGCCAAAAACCAGCCCCCGAUACCGGUCCAAGUAUGGGUUACACAGGUCCGUCGUACAAAUCACCUUCCUCACUAGGCCCCGGAUUGGCCACUUUGGAGAUGCAAAAGCCACCACAAGCUCGUUCUGCGCCAGGUUCAGGUACAAGGCCGGUGCGUGCGGUCGAGCUUCAGGGCGAUAACACAGCGGCUGAGCUAAGCAAUACCCAUGUGGUCAACGAAUUGGAAAGUCCUGUCAAUAUCAAGGUUCCACUGUAUUGA